AUGGAAACACAGGCGCAAGGUCUAUUAGAAAAACAAACAUUCCCUGAGACAGAUGAAGACACCGUCACUGAUGUUGACUUGACCAAUGUGAUUUCUGAAGAAGAGCGAGAAGAAUUAAAAGUUGAAGUAAUCAAGCUAGAGGAUGAAAUUGCAACUUUACGCCAAGUUUUAGCAGCCAAAGAGAAGCACCUUGUGGAAAUAAAGCAAAAGCUGGGCAUCAAUCUGAUGAAUGAGCUGAAGCAGAACUUCAGCAAAAGUUGGCAUGACGUGCAAACUACCAGUGCGUAUAAGAAGACUCAAGAAACUUUGACUCAAGCAGGGCAAAAGGCCACAGCAGCUAUCAGCAACGUUGGAACAGUUAUCAGCAAGAAGUUUGGAGAUAUGAGGUAUUCUAUCCGCCAUUCCAUGAGUAUGCCUGCUAUGAGGAAUUCUCCUACAUUCAAAUCCUUUGAAGAAAAGGUUGAAACCACUGUUACGAGCAUUAAGACAAAAGUUGGAGGUACACCUCACCCUGGAGGAAGCUUUGAAGAAGUUCUUAGCUCUGCAGCCAAUGCUAGUGCUCAGAACCCAAUUGCAGGCAGCCGACUUUCAGAAACCGAAGAAGAGCUCCAUUGCUAGGAGCCUAAAGACCUGGCUCUGCCAGAUAACUUGGGACCCUAACAGGAGAGCAUCACUUGGGAGGUGGUGGUUGAAUUAAGAGACAAUUCAAAAGGCCUGUUCCUUCCCUCCCCUUCUUUUAACUAUAUUUUAUCUUGCUUGGGAUUUCUAUUUUUAUUGUUUUAAAGAUA